AUGUACCAUGCCGGUACACCUGACCAAGUGAAAAAGCAUGUGAUUGAAAAUCUAAGCAAAGAAACUGGACAUAUUCGUGUACUAAUAUCAACCAUUGCAUUUGGCAUGGGUGUUGAUUGUAAAAGUGUUCGGGCCGUCAAAGAACUUGGAAAGCUACGUCCAGGCCGGGAUGGCAAGCCAAACAGUUGUAUAAUUAUGUACAAUGGUUUGUUAUCCAGCCAUUGCACAACCCAAAUGAAGAGAUUCAUCAUGAAUGAAAACCCCAUAUGCUUGAGGCAGACAAUAUUUUCAGACUUUGGUGUUAAGUGUGCUCAAUUUGACAUUCUGCAUGAAUGCUGUGAUUUUUGUGCUGAAAUAUGUGUGUGUGGGAGCAAUGAAUGCAGUAAGGUGCCAAAAAUUAGCCAUGAUGAAGAGGAAGUUGUCUCGGAUACUUCAUGUGAUUCUGCUUUUACAAGAUCUGUAACAUCCGAACAGAAGAGUAAAUUGAAAGCCCUUUUGAUGUCAUAUAAGAAAUAAUUGAUUGAGAGUGAGAUCCACAAUAUGACUGCAACUGUUGGUGUUCCAAAUGUCUUUUUGGAAUUUGGUGGGUUUCAAAUCAAGCAAGUUCUUCAAUCAUGUCAUAAACUUUUUACACUUGAAGAUGUAGUGACAAAUGUGGAGAUCUGGAGAAACCAGCAUGCAGUUGGUGUUUUAUCUGUCAUUGCCCAAGUUUUUGGUGACACUGAAGUUGACACUGGUCUUUCCACAUUUAUAGAGGAUGAAAUGGAUUUUGAAAUGGAAUGGGAAGAAGUGACAGACGACCCUAGUUUUCAGAGUAUGAUGGACAGCCAAGAUUGGGGAUAUUGUGAAACUGACAGUUCAAUGGAGUCGAAUGCACCUAUCGAUAAUAGUGGGUUUUUUGAGAAUUUUGCAAUGACAGACAAUGAAUAA